GGUGUGUGCUGAUUGUACGGACAACUACUGGGAGUUUAUUAAUCAAUUUUAUCUGGACGACAAAGAAGUCAUGGUGUCCUUCCUUUAGAAGUAUGGUGCCCAGACUGUAAACUUCCCUGUAUUUAUAGGAAGGAAAGGCAGCAGCAGCAGUAGUGCCACCAAAAUCAUCAACAUCUGGGGUGGUAUUAAUAAAGGGUCCUUGGAGUGAAAUUCAACUUUCAAAGUGAGUUUAAUCCUAACUUUGCUGCUAGGUUCUAGAAGUCGCGAGUUUACUGCUAGGACUCGUGACUUUGCUGCUAGCACUCGCCGAAAAUGUAAAAGACCUCAUGGAGGACUUUUAACACCUUAAAAGCAAAAAUUUCGGAUGUUGAAUUCAAUAUAAUAAUGAUAAUUGCAGCUGAGUGACGGUCCUCGCGCAUUAAUUAUCGUGUCAGACGUGUUGUGCCAAUAAAACUACUGACUUUGAGCCGGUGAAAAGGGUUACACGAGACAUUAACGCCGCGAUAUAAGAGAGAGAAGUGGUGAAGGGGCUGCGGGCAUCGUUGUCGGAGAGGCAGGGCCCCUAGAGCCAGGCCCAUGGGGUUGUUCAAAAUGCAAGAAAAACGUGUAUAGUUCUAUGAAAAAUAAAUAUACGACAACGGACAAACAGAGUGAUGAUCCAAUCAAGCCCAAGACCAAGAUAAACAGCUGUUCAGUAACCCGGGGGGAGGGGGGAGCAGCUGUCGCUUGUGUCAGUUCUGUCAUGGAAGGAUUAGCAGCCGUCGGUGGGCCUCCUCCUCCUGUCAUGGAAGGAUCAGGGACAUACGGAGGGCCUCCUCGUCCUCUAAGAAGGAAUUUCCGGAACCGCCGUGAUGUGCUAAAUGAGUAAAGUGACUCAGAACUUGUCAGGAGAUAUAAACUAGACUAAGGGGAAUAUAUUACGUGACUGAUUUGGUUAGAGAGGCACUGGAAAGCCCUACCAAGAGAAACAUGGCCCUCACCCCAGAGAUGAAAGUUUUGGGCGACAACCCCGAGGAAUGUCCCGUGUGCCUGACAGACUUUGACGACACAGUGCAGCGGCCGCGCUCUCUGCCCUGUGGCCACACCGUCUGCACGUCAUGCAUAGAUAAGCUGAAGGAGCAGGGCCGUGUUACCUGCCCGCAGUGCCGCGUUAGCCACGCUGUACCCGAGGGUGGAGAAUUCCCUGUCUGCUAUAUUGCUGAGGCCCUCAUAAGAACGAUGAGGGAUGCCAAGGUCGCUGCAGCAGCCUCACUGCCACCCAGUGCCAGGAAAGGGAAAGGAGCAGCAAGGGCAGCUGGCAAGAAGAAAGUGCCGGGUCUCUCCAAGAAAAUGUGUUCCUUUCUGGAGGAACAGGAGGCCACAGUUAUGGACGCCAUUGCUACCUGCCGGGAGGUUGAGUCACAGCUGGACCAGUACAAGACGACCCUGACAGGCUGGGGCAAGCAGCAGCGGCAGCUGGAGGACAGGCUCCAGGAACUGGUGGACCAGAGCAAGAGUGCCAGGGAGAUUGUGGAGCUGGAAAAGUCCCACGUGGCAGCCAAGGAUGGGGAGGUGAAGAAGGGGAGGCAGGAGCUGCAGGCCGUGCUGGAGACAUUAUACGCCCCAGCAACAGAUCAAGAAGCAGGCGUGGCGGUGGCUGAAGUGUUUUGUUGCCUUGGCAAGGUGGAGCAGGUGGUGGAGGAGUGCCAAGAGGGUUUCCCUGAUGCCAGUGCUGUCACCACUGUUAGGAAGGUGAGAGAGGCAUCUAGUGCAGCCAUGGGGGUUGCCCAGGCUGUCCAGAUGGCCCUGGACACUGUUACUAAAGAAGAGCUCCAGCCCCUGUCUGACCCAGAAGAGGCUAGGCCCCAGUCAGACCCAGAAGAGGCCAGGCCCCAGUCAGACCCAGAAGAGGCCAGGCCCCAGUCAGACCCAGAAGAGGCCAGGCCCCAGUCAGACCCAGAAGAGGCCAGGCCCCAGUCAGACCCAGAAGAGGCCAGGCCUCAGUCAGACCCAGAGUCCACUAUCAUGGACAGACUGCAGCUCAUCUUGAUGCUGAGCUUGAAG